AUGCUGGCGAGCACGCAGGAGGCUAUCGCCAGAACCACUGUCGCUUCUGCACGCAGGCAUGGCAACGUCCGUAGGAGAUUGGCUUCUUUGCACCGUCCUGCCUUAAUUUGUUUGGUUUUGUCCUUGGCUGCGACGGCGUUUGUGAAUGUCGAUCCCAGAGCUGGCAGCAGAGCAGCUCAGCUUCCGAGACAAGCACGCAUGAGUCCAGCUGCAGUGGAGUCCAACGACCUUGAGUACAUGCCCAUGAAGAUGGCCAGCUUUGCCACAGGCAUCCUGAGACCUUUCUUUGUCGUUCAGGCGGCGAUCCAAGCAGGACGAUACGACAAAUGGGCUACGCGAUCUGCCAUCGAAGCAGACAUCACGUCCGCACCUGUAGUGAUCUACACCUACAAGUGGUCUCCUUUCGCGGCGGAGGCUAAGAAGUUGCUGGACUCCGUCGGCGCCGACUACACCGAGAUCUCCCUCGGCUACGAGUGGUUCCUGGCCACGCCCGAGCAAGCAGCGAAGCGAGCCGAGCUUGGUGCUUUGUAUGGGCGAACGAGCAUGCCUCAUGUAUUCAUCGGUGGCAAGAGUGUCGGAGGCCUCAUGGACGGAGAUCCAGGCCUUGUGCCAUUGAAAGAGACGGGUGAACUCGUGCCGAGCUUGAAGCAGGCUGGGGCUCUCCCCGACGAAGGUCUCUUUGGCUUCUUUUUGUAUUCAGGCGAUCAUCAACCGUGA